CACUUUGAAAAAAUCUUUAAAUUGGGUCAGAGACAGAGUCCAAAGCUAAAAAUCCCUAUAUCGACCUCCUCUUCUCUCCGCCAUCUGCACCGCCGGAAUCAACCUUCUCCGGCGUAGUUUCGGCUUCCUCCGAGCUUCGCCAGCGUCGUCUACCAAAAUUUCACACGUAUCUCGUUUUCUCUCCUGCAGAAGUCGAACUCUGAAUGGAAGACAAAGAAAUGGAUACAAGAAGCCAACUGAAGAAGAAAAUUUUCGAAAUUUUCAAAGACUUUAUGACGGGAAUCACACAGCUUGAGGAACUAGAGAAUGCUGCAAACACCUUUCUUCUACGGUUUCAGCAAGCACUCAGUUAUCUUCAACGCCCUCCAAUGGUUACUACCUCCAAGUUGAUCGAGAACAUCAUCAAGAAGAAUGAAACAAGACGGCUUAAAUCAUAUUUGGAAGCAGGAUGUAUUAACAUCCAUGAUGCUGCAGAAAGCACAAGAGCUUUGCAUACAUCCCUAGCAGGACUUUCUGACCACCUAAUCAAAGCCAGAAGCUUGUUGAUUGAGCUCGAGUGUCUCACCGAUGAAGCAGCCAUUGCGAUUGAGACUGCCACAAACUUUUCCGUUGGGCUAGAUAAAGAGUCAAGUGAUGAAUUGCAACAAGUAACAUGUGAUGAGGAGAACGAGACAGUAAAUUUCUCUCAAGAACCUGAAGUUACAGAGUACGCUACACUUAUUGCAGUAGUUUACAGUAUGAUGAAGCAAAACUAUACGAUGCAGGAAAAGAUUGUGCGAUCGCUUAGUUUGAAGUCAUCAUCAGAUGAGCUAGAGACUUAUAGUCUGAUGUGGUCAUUGCGUCCAUUUGUAGAAGAUGAGAUUGUGAACAGAGCUUGGAAAUGGAUUUACUGAAAACAAAAAAAAACACUCAUUUCAUCUAGUUUUGUUUGAUAAGUGUAUUCCCCAUUAGUUUCAUCCAGUUUUGUGUUAAUCAUUCAUUCAUUGGGGAAAAUGGAGCUUACCAUGUGGAUGUGAUUAGCAGUUUCAUAAACCAUUACACAAGCAAUUAUAAUGGGCCUAUUUGGGUCCAUUUACUAA